AUGAUCUUUUGCUCCAAUUAAUAAAUGGAAUGAAAUGAAUGGAAUGAGCUGAGUUGGUUGGAGAUGGCGCAGGCGGUAUCAUAUGCAGCAGCACUGAUUUUGGCAUGCUUUACCUCUUUUGUUUCGCCUGAUGCUCAAGGAGUUGCACUGUCUGCGUUGAAGGCGUCACUAAAUGCAUCGAGCAGUGAGCUUACAGAUUGGUAUGAGAGUGAAGUGAAUCCGUGCACUUGGUCCAAAAUCACAUGCGAUGCUACUAACAAUGUCAUCAUGGUGUCACUGCCAAAUAUGGGAUUUUCUGGCACUUUAUCUCCCUCAAUAGGAGUUUUGAAGAAGCUCAACGCAUUAUUAUUAAAAGGAAAUGGCAUAACGGGUAGUAUUCCUGAAGAAAUUGGAAAUUUGUCAAGCUUGACUACUUUGGACCUCCAGAACAACAAACUCUCUGGAGCGAUACCAACUUCCCUUGCCAAUCUCAAGAAACUCCAAUUCUUGUAUUUGAAUCAGAACAAUCUGACAGGCAAAAUCCCUGAAUCUCUUUCAAGCCUUCCUAGCUUAAUUAACUUGCAACUGGAUACAAAUGGCCUUACAGGUCAAAUACCUGCACAACUAUUUCAAGUCCCAAAAUUCAAUUUCACAGGUAACUAUUUGAAUUGUGGAUUCAACUUCAGCCGUCAUUGCGAAACAAGUAGAGUUUCUUCAAGCAAGUCAAAGACGACUGGAAUGGUAAUUGGUAUUGCUGUUGGAAUUCUGGGUGUCAUGGUUCUUGUGGGAUCUCUUCUUCUGCUUUUCUUCAGAGGCAGACAUAGAGGCUACAUGCGCGAGCUGUUCGUAGAUGUUGCAGGAGAAGUUGAUCGGCAAAUGGAAUUUGGUCAGUUAAAAAGGUUUACAUGGACAGAAUUGCAAAAAGCUACGAACAAUUUUAGUGAAAAGAAUGUAGUUGGAGAAGGAGGUUUUGGAAUAGUUUACAAAGGAGUGUUCUCUGAUAACACGAAGAUUGCAGUGAAACGGUUAACAAACAAUAAGAUUCCUCAUGGAGAUGUUUCUUUCUACCGUGAAGUUGAGAUGAUAAGUGUGGCAGUUCACCGUAAUCUCUUAAGGCUCAUUGGCUUCUGCACCACACCGACCCAACGCCUUCUCGUAUACCCUUUCAUGCCAAAUCUAAGUGUUGCCUAUCGUUUACGAGGUAUUUUAUUUAUUCACAUUUAUUAGUGAAUCAUUAUUACUGAAUAUGUAC